UUUGCUCGCCUGACAUUGUUUCGAGAGUCAUCCCUCUCGAUUCUGCCCUGCCCCUUGCAGGGUGGGAUAUCGAUAUCUCACCUCCGAUCGCUCGCUCCCCCGUCCAUUAUUAAUGGAGCAGAGCAAGCCUUCCGAAGCUUCCGUCCCCGUCACCGCCCUGGACCGGCCUCAUCAUCAUCACGACGAGCCCAAGCCCUGCCCCAAGCCUCCCAAGAAGAGGCGUGGCCCCUUGUAUUUCAUCAAGGUCGCCCUCUUUUUGAUGACCAGCGGUUCCGGUAAAUCCAAAGGCUCCACUCCCUCCGAUUCCAAGAGCCUGUGGAGGAAACUGGUGGGUUCCGUCAGACCUUUGCACUUGCAGCUUCAGCAGGUGGCGGAACCGGAGGCAAAGCGGCCCCUGCCGGCCCCGCUCACCCACCCGUCCCCGGCUCGCACCGAGUUCAGCGAGGAAGCCUUGUUCUCUCCGACGGCCGGGAGCUCUCAGUCUAACUCCGGAACACCGUACUCGUCGGCGGUGGGCCUGGAUGAGAUGGUGCAAGGCGAGCAGGAGAAGGAGGCGCCGGAAGAGAGCGAUGCUGUGUCUGAAGAUGGGGACGGAGAUCGAAUGAUUGAUGCCAAGGCUGAGGAGUUCAUUGCUAAUUUCUACAACGAAAUGAGGUUACAGGGCAAACAUUCCGUAAACUAGAGAUCUCUACGCUGACGGACCAUGUGCGUCCAUGCAUGUAUGCAUGCCUCCGUAUUAACCUCCUCAAAUUACCUACACCGCAUGCAUGCAGGGUUCCAGAGGAUCUGUCUUCUAAACUAUAUUAUUAUUUCAUAUUCCGCACCUAAUUAUAUAUGCGCACUUAUUUAUAGUCAUAGCGUUGAUCUGUCUUUUCCUUGUUUCGUUUUUUUCUGGUCGGCGCGGGUUCCUCAUGGAUACAGUUUUCGGUCGUAUAUUUUAAAUAUCUGCGUGAUCGAUCUACGUUGUGUUACUGAAGAAAUAAUGGAGAUGUGGGCGGCAGCGUGGAGUUGUAAGAAUGAUAUAUAUCUCUGUAUUGAAUCUGGAAUGGAGAGAUUAAAUAUCUGUUUUCUUU